AGGUAGAGAGAGAGAGAGAGAGAGAGAGAGAGAGAGAGUUGUCGGAAAAAGAGGACCGGCAGAAGUAAAGUAGAGAGGGAGGAGAGAUGGGGAACUGUUUUUCUGAUGUGAAGGGUGGGCAACAGGCAGUCGGGGGGGCCCAGCGGAGCAGCCACCAAACCGCAAUUAGCGGCAAUGCCGGCGGCAAUGACGCCGCCCAUCUUUUCUUUAGGUCCAAGGGCCUUCACUCCCUUUAUGCCCAGAUUGAGUAUUAUCAUACCAUCACCUGGGGCUUUUUGCGGCUUCUUCUUUCUUUUUCAUCUUGCAAGCGGUGGAAUAGAAUCGAGUACAGUACGUUUGGCAUCAAUUUGUUUUCCAGGAAAAAAAAUUGUUCAACUAAUAUGAGGAGAGACCGUUGUUUGACCAAAAGAAAAUUAUCUUUAUCAGCUUCGAAAUUACUUGACCGUGAUAUAGCUUCCAAGAGCGAUCCUAUGGCUGUAGUUUAUAUGAAAAAAAGAGAUGGAACUCUGGAGGAACUUGGUCGCACAGAAGUAAUAAUGAACUGUUUGGAUCCUGAAUGGAUUGAGAAAAUUAAUGUUACUUAUCAGUUUGAAAUCGUUCAGCCGUUGGUCUUUCACAUAUAUGAUGUUGAUACAAGAUACCACAAUUUACCCGUCAAGAUGCUGAAGUUGAAAGAUCAAGAAUUUCUUGGUGAGGCUAAUUGCGUCCUCUCGGAGAUAGUGACUAAACGAAGUCCAAAUUUAACCCUACAUCUUCAGAAUAAAAACGGGCGAAGUGGGCUAAAAAAUUUGGGGACCCUUUCUGUACACGCAGAGGAAACUGUUGCUUCAGGGAUUGCAUUUGAGAUCACAUUUCGCUGUUCGCAGUUGGUGAACAAGGAUUUAUUUUCCAAAAGUGAUCCUUUCUUAAGAAUAUCGAGGCUUGUUGAGAAUGGAGGUUCUGUUCCAAUUUGCAAGACAGAAGUAGUGAGCAACAACUUGAAUCCAAUUUGGAAGCCUCUAUCUCUAACUAUGCAGCAACUUGGAAGCAAGGAUAACCCAUUAGUUAUUGAGUGUUUUGAUUUCAACAACAGUGGUAAUCAUGGACUUAUUGGUAAGGUUCAGAAAUCAAUUGUGGAUCUAGAAAAACUUCACAAAGAAAAGACUGGCGCAAAUUUUAUCUUGCCAUCUUCUCGUCACCAUGGUCAUGAGAAGGUUCUGAAGAGUCAACUGUUUGUGGAUGGAUUUCGUGAGAAGAAAGUGUACAGUUUCCUUGAUUAUGUUUCUAGUGGAUUUGAGCUGAACUUUUUGGUAGCUGUUGAUUUCACUGCUUCAAAUGGAAAUCCUCGAAGUCCAGAUUCCUUGCACUACAUUGAUCCUGCAGGGCGGUUGAAUGCUUACCAGCAGGCUAUAAUGGAGGUAGGGGAGGUCCUACAGUUUUAUGACUCUGAUAGACGCUUUCCUGCUUGGGGAUUUGGUGGGAAGACAUAUGAUGGUUCAGUAUCUCAUUGCUUUAACUUGAAUGGAAGUGCAAGUGACUCCGAGGUUGAAGGAAUAGAAGGCAUCAUGGCUGCUUAUUCCAGUGCUUUGUACAAUAUCUCACUUUCUGGGCCCACUUUAUUUGGUCAAGUGAUCAACAAAGCUGCAGAAAUUGCAACUCAUUCCCUCUCUCACAAUAUCAGCAAGUAUUUUGUCUUGCUUAUUAUAACGGAUGGAGUCCUUACUGAUCUCCAGGAAACUAAAAAUGCUUUAGUUAGGGCAUCUGAUCUACCCCUUUCGGUUCUUAUUGUAGGAGUUGGCAAUGCAGAUUUUAAACAAAUGGAGAUCCUUGAUGCGGACAAUGGACAAAGAUUGGAGAGUUCAACAGGACGGAUAGCUACAAGAGACAUUGUGCAGUUUGUUCCAUUGCGUGAAAUAUAUGGUGGGCAGAUAUCCGUUGUUCAGAGUCUAUUGGAAGAGCUACCUGGUCAGUUCUUGACUUACAUGAGCAGCAGAGACAUCAUACCACAUUCUGCCAAUGCCCCUCCUGCUCAUGACCAUCAUCCAUACGGGGUCUAAACCUUUAUAUUAGGAACAUCAUAAAUUGGAGGCUAAAAGUGGCUUUUGCUUGUUUGGUUAUGAUUUUCAUUUCUGAUUUUCUGUGCUUUUACAAAACUGGUUUACCAAAUGCAUUUUCUUGAACUUGUGUAGUUUUGAAACUAAAACCAUAACCAAAUGAGCCGUGAAUGCCUCUUGUGUGAUGACUUCACUUUUGUGUGUAUAUGAAUGAAAGUGAAGGAGUAGGAAAGAAUUGUUCAUGGUUGCAUGGGACUGUAGAUUGGGGAACAUCUGUGAAGUACUUUAAUCCCAAUAGAUGCUACUUCUUGUAUGUAGACAAA